CCUUUUGUUGCACCUUCCAGUUUCGAGCUCGUCUCUGCCGUUACUAGACGUCACGGUAUCCCUUAAAGCUCGCGGGCCGUCGCCUACACUCACCGUUCCACAUAUUGCCGGCAACGUACAAAGCCUUAACAACGUUGCUUACCUCGCGCUUCCUAACCUAACCUUGGUGGUCUGUUGUUUGUCAUUAUAAAUUUGACAUUCAUAUCUGUUGGACCAUCAUCAUCAUCAUUGUAUCAACCAGCCAGCCAACCAACCAACCACGGGUAACCGCAACCGUCCGAUUAUAGAGUCACGUCUAGAAAAGAUAGAGAUCAGUAGAACGAAGAACAGAUCGUAAUUGCCAAGGACCGUCAAGUUUACAGCAUUACCGAUAAGCUUGAUAAAAACUACCUGUACGGACCCGUUCAUAAGUCUUCAUAUUUUUAUGGCUCAAUCUGCCACUUGGGUUUCCGUGAUGACAGCGGCAAUUCCCGACGACCGAUCACAGCUUGUUCAGGCUUCCCUGUCUGACGAAACAUCAUCAGCUGCCUUUCGCUUUCCUUCUAUCCGCCAUUCUUUCAAUAAUCAAACUCCUCCUUCUCAUUUCGAUACCACAACCAUACCCCGUCCAGGAGCGAUGGACUUUGCAACAGCUUCACAUCAGCCAAUGUACAACCAGGCUGACCUCGAUCAAGCAUUUAACUCAUUGCAGACAGUAGACAACGCCUCUCCAUCUCAUCAUUUGUCUCAAACAAUUCCUCAACAUAACUUUGAUCAUUCAGAUUCUCGAGAGGUCUCAGAUCAUCCCUCAUAUGAUCUCUUUUCAAACAAUAAUAACAAUUUUGCCUCUCAGCGGUACCGCGCCAAUUCUUCUUCUUCUUCGUCUCUUGGCCCUCCUUACGCUAUGAGCCCGGACGGAGUAUACUCUCAUGCCUCCUUUGGCGACUCCGUUCCAUCAUUUGGCUCCAGCAAUACUUACGACAUGAUGAGCAACGUCUCGUACUCGAGUGGGAAGGUUUCUCCAUUGACCCCCAAUGACGCCAUGACUGGCAUACAGCAAUCUCCGGUCUUCCCCCACUCUUUGGGCAUAAACGGACACCAGAAGGACUUUUCGAACGGCCACGCAUAUCCGGAACUUCUCAACGAUCGCCGUGUUUCAGGUGUCGGCGGCGCUGGUUAUCACAAUGACUUCUCCGAUGAUUAUGGCAUUAACGGCGGUGCAGGCUAUCCUCCAUCGGCCCUUCAACCAUUCCAAGAUCGCAUGCGCUUGCAACCUGACAGUCGUUUUCCCCAUUCUGGCCUACCUCCUUCUGUCCCUUCGCAUAUGGGACACAGCCCUGAUAUGUUCCGUGGCGUGGCCCCGCAAGCAACGCACUCGUUCCGCCCUGACUCUGGCCUUCCUGGCUACGAUGACGUGCAAUAUUUUGGAAACCCCCAUGCCGACAUGUCCCUCCGCAUGCCCAGUAUUGGGGAUGGCUUUCCUGGGAUGAGAAACGGGCAUCCUGGCAUGGGCUCCUCCAACGACCUUCAGGCUUUCAUUCGACCCUACCUCGAUCAGUACGUACGAACGCCAAACCGCCUCGCGUUUGGUGAACGCACGGUCAUUGUCAUGUCGAGCAGGGUGGCUCAAAAAUCAUACGGCACUGAGAAACGCUUCCUCUGCCCCCCUCCAACUGCAAUCAUGAUUGGGAACUCUUGGUGGACUGACGUGGUACGCCGCGGGGAAGAGCCAAAACUUUGCCCUCCUCGUGUGACUGUCUGCAUAUCGGGUGAACCUGUCCCUCAAGAGGGUUCCAUCGAGUGGACGUCCGCCUCCGGCAAGAUCUUUGAUGUAAAUGAUGCCCCUACAGGCACAACAUACAUUGGUCGCUGCGUUGGAAAGCAGUUGUUCAUCAGUGAUGUAGACGAGAAGAAGAAAAAAGUCGAAGCGCUUGUAAAGAUCACUGCUCCGUCUUCUGACGAUGAGCCUGAACGCGUUAUCGGUACUUUCCCGAGCCGUCCUAUCAAAGUGAUCAGCAAGCCAAGUAAGAAGAGACAGAGUGCAAAGAAUCUCGAGCUAUGUAUAAACCAUGGUUCAACAAUUUCACUCUUCCAUCGCUUGCGGUCUCAGACCGUCUCGACGAAAUACCUCUGCGUCUCCGGUUCAGGUUCUUCUUUCAAGGGUUCUGACGGUGCCCCUUUGAUGGGGAUCGAUACCCGUGCGCGAUCCAGCACUCCAUCAUUCAUUGCCCGUACUGCAAGCUGGGAUCCGUUUGUGAUGUACAUUGUCGAUGUCAACAAACCAGCUGGCGGAAUUGAUACCCCUCCCCCACCACCCCCACAGCCUGACUAUCCUUCACCUCCACCAAAUGCCAUUCCUUUCACCAACAACGGCAGCCAAAUACCAAUCUAUUACAACCAGACAGUGGUGCUACAGUGUCUGGUCUCGGGCGUUGUGUCUCCCGUCUUGAUUAUCCGGAAAGUUGAUCAUCAGACGACAGUAGUUGGAGGAGGCCUUCAGGAAGGCGCAAAGGGCGUUGCAGACCACUAUUGCUCACCAGGCGAAGUGUGUGGUGACCCAGUCUCCCAGCUUCACAAGAUCGCCUUCGAAGUCUAUGACUCAACAAAGGGCAUGCCUGAGCCUGGAACCCCCGGUACAACGGGCGCGUUCUUGUCGUGCAUGGGUGAAAAGGUUAAUACCUACCGUCCAAUUGAGGGUCGGCUGUGGAACAACCCGCCGAAUGCAGGGUCGACAUCCCCUAUUUUGCCUGGAUCACCUGUAGUUUCAACACCAGCGUCCAUGUCAGGUGCCGAUUAUUUCGGGCAAGCCACUGCAAGCGAGCCAGCAUCGCCGUCUUCAUCAAAUGAUUUUUCAAAUGACGGCGGGCGCGUGAAGAAGGGGAAACGUUCAACAUCAAGUGCCGGUGUUAUUAAGAACCCAGGCCCAAAAGGGCGGCGGCGCCCGACCUCCGCCGGGUCUGCGUCUUCUGGGCGUCGCGGAUCUACUAGUGACGCCGGCGCAUCAUCGGGUGCUCUUUGGCAAGUGGAUAUCGGCGAGACGAGCGUCUGGACUAUUGUCGGCACAGAUCAAGUGCGAUACAACUUCUAUGUACCGCCCGUAUUGUUCGACAACCAAAACGCCCCUCAAACAGGAUCAUUCCCAAUCCCAUCGAAACCCGUUACUCCAUUCCCGGGUGUGGUGAAAUAUCUUCCUCCUGACCGUGCUGCGGAGGCACCAAAGUCUAACUGCGCACAAUCGCGUGGCGUCUUGUCGAAACCUAAUCCCCACAUAUCAAAAAUGUUGACUGUAUACGGAGAAAACUUCAACAAGGCAGAUCCAGUACACAUCUUUUUCGGAUCAGACCCAUCGCCAUAUGCCGAGGUGAGGUGCACUGAGGUGUUGGGCUGCCUACCUCCAGAAAACCAAGUUGCGAAACGCCGUCCGAUCAUCAUGAUACGGCCGGAUGGUGUCGUGUUCCCGUCACCUGUCAUGUUCCCUUGAUUGUAUUUAUCGGUAUAUCUGGUGCUCGUUCGUGGCCUGGUCUGCCUGCUUGGAUAUAUCCCUAUAAUUCCGCCAUUCCCAAUGCUUUGAACAUGUUAGGAUCUGAUAGUUGCUAUCUGUACACCAUGGACCCAACUAAAUCCCAGCGCGAGACAGUACUAUGUAGCCCCCCCUGUAUCAUAUCUGUUAGAAGAAUUUCGAUUUGAUGUUUCUAUCUCCUGUCUGUC